UGGUUCCAGCGGUCAGUGUCCUCUCCUCGUGGCCGACCGGCAGGAUGACGGUGCCCAGGUGGGAGCGUGUAGCCCGGUUGCUCCUCUGCGCGGCGGGGCUGGCGCUCUCUAUUUAUGCCUGGCACGUGGAGACUUCCAAGGAGCGCGACGCCGCCUACCGGGCUAUGUGUGACAUAAGCCCCGACAUCAGCUGCUCCAAGGUCUUCACCUCGAGGUGGGGUCGUGGUUUUGGCUUGGUGGCAGGCAUUCUGGGACCUCACAGCCUCUUCAAUCAGCCAAACAGCGUUUUUGGGAUUAUUUUCUACAUUCUGCAGAUACUUCUGGGUCUCUUUCACCACAACCUGGCAGCCAUCGCUCUAGUGGCCUCUUCGUUUGUCUCCAUUGCUGGAUCUCUCUACUUGGCCUACAUCCUUUUUUAUGUGCUCCACGACUUCUGUGUGAUUUGCAUCAGUACCUACAUCCUCAACUUUGCCCUCCUGUUUAUAAACUACAAGCGCCUGGGCUACCUCAGCCGUCCACCCCCACCAAAGCCAAAAGCCAAGAGGCGCUGAACGCCCUGUCCUUUUGGGCCUGGACAAUCCCUGGACCUUGUUUUUGAAGAUGACCAAGUAGACAGUGUAGACACCACCUUCAUCUUAUUUGCCCAGGAGAUCAUGCCCUCAGCAUGUCUCCCUUCAUCUUUCAGCCUCCAAACAUCUCAGCUACCUGAUUUCUAUUACCUGGAACUAAAAUGGAAGCGGCCUUUUCGGUGGAAACCAAAAUUAAGCUGCUUUGAUUUUAACAACUUUUUAAAUGGCAUUUUUUUCCUUAGUGCUCUUUUAAAUUGUUUUAAAUAUAUAUAUACUCGUUUUGUACAAUUACAGAUUAUUCUUGAUAACUUUAGACGUAUAGAAAGUGGUAAAUGGAGGAGCUUUAUGAGUGGAUUAAGGUGUAGGGCAGAGGUCCCCAAACUUGGCAACUUUAAGACUUGCAUUGCUGGCUGGAGAAUUCUGGGAGUUGAAGUCCACAAGUCUUACAGUUGCCAAGUUUGGGCACCUCUAGUAUAGGGGAAGGUUUAACACAGGGAUAGAUAGCA